CUGCCCUUUAAAGUUAAUCAUGGCGACUCGUAUGGUAGAUGCAUAUAUGGUAUUGCUUGCAGUACUACCUCUGGUGGCCAGUUAUUCAUAUUCAAUGAUAAACUUAUGCAAUUCUUGUAUCAACAUCGGCAAUCCCAUCUUCCAUCCUUCGAGAAUUAGACCUUCGUGCAAAUUCCCAACCGGAAGUAGUUCUAAUUCUUGUGAUCAAUGUUUUCGAACGAAGCAGAGUUGCUCCAAACAUCCACUUCAAUGUCAAAGAUGCGCUGAACUAGACAGCUCUUGCACAUAUAGCUUUGGAAAAUUUAUGGGCAGACCCAAGAGAAACUUUAAGAGCCGUCGGCAGUUCCAAAAUGAGACAAAAGGAGGCUCUGAUCAACUAGAAACUUCGAAUCAUGAUGAUAAUUCAAAAAUCUCAUUGGAAGGCCCUGAAAGAGUACAAAAUUUGUCUAUCUUAUCAACUUCGAUGGCAUCAGAUGGUAAGUCCACUUCUCUUGAAACAGAAACAAAGUUAACACAAAUAGAAGUAGAAUCUUCAGACUGGUGGCAGUACUCCCACGAAAACAAAGAAACGAUCAACAAUCCUUUCAGUGUGGAUGAUGUCGAAAAUUCUUCUGCAAAGCGAGAUCAAUCUCAGCAAAUAGCACCCAAAAAGGCCACGAAGACUUCCGCAUGUGAUCAAUGCUAUAGAUUCAAAGUCAAAUGUACAAGAGAGCCAGAUUGCUGUCAACGAUGUAGUUUGAGUGGUAACUCAUGCACCUACAGUGCUGCCAUUGACCUAGAACGAUCUCGAAAACGAUCAGCUCCACCAUCAUCAGAGUCACCCAAAAAGAAAAUAUCUUUCUCGCCACAGAGCCAUAAAGAUUUAGUUACUCUGCCACCACAGUCAAGAUAUCUAAAGCACAAUAGAUCAGUCUCUGCGUCUGAGAUUCCUACCUCUUGUCAGCCAAUUCCGGCUCUACAUGAACCGACUCAUGUCAUAGAUGAGUGUGAUAUUUCUUUUCACGAGUCUUCUCACUACUACAGCGAUAGUCUUCUCAGUCUGCCACCACUAGACAUAUUUUUUGAUAAUGAAAAUCCUCCGCAUGAUAUUAACUUCAAUAUUGGCGGGGAUGAAAGUCACGAGCAACCGCACGGAACUCAAGUACCUCCCAAAGAAAACAACCUUGACCCUAUUUUGGCAGACAAAAUUUCAGGUGGUUGUAACUGCCUUCAAUCUGCAAUUUUGAGUCUCUCGAAUUUGCAUUCUGUCGUCUGCGGUAACCUCAAUCCAUCAUUAGAUAGCAUAUUCGCUGCAGCAAGGAAUGGUCUAUUCAUUUGUGAAACUCUGACCCUAGCUCAAUGCUCUUCUUGCGAGCUCAGUUCCACUUCAACACUGUUGAUGCUUUGCGUGGCGAUUCUACAGCAAGUAUACAAUGCUUACGAGUUACUUGCCAAUCCUGCCGGCCUAUCCAUGGAGGGUUUAAACAGGGCUGACAAGAUAAUGACAUUGAGCAUAAAGAUUGGAGACAUGGAAUUCACUGACAUUGGACAUAAUCCAAGUAUUUUGAACGCCAUUCUCAAGACGGAGAAGGCAAAAGCGGAAAGGAUCUGUGUAGAGUUGGAGAAAACGGUCACAAAUGCUCAAUGUAGGGAUACUGCUGGAGUAGGAAAGGAGGAGACGAUGGUGCGCGAUGGAUUGGUUAGCUUGAUUGAGAUUUUCCGUGGGCGGUUUAUUACCGAAGUGAUGUAG